GCAGCUGACAAGGAACUGGAGUCAUAUGAUUUCUACCCAGGAAAUCGCCCUAUUGUUGCUAAGAUGUUGCUGAAACAGAAUUAUAUUCUACUGUUCUGUCUGAUAACUGUGAGCUUCGGUUUUUUGAUAAAGGAACCUAAAGAGCCAAAGCAGGCAUGGGGGUACACUCCCGUCAGAAGCAAUGCGAGCAUGUUUUGGUGGCUGUACUAUGCAGACAACCCUUCCCGGAAUUUCACAGAGCUUCCUCUGAUCAUGUGGCUUCAGGGAGGCCCAGGGGCUUCAGGUUGUGGAUAUGGGAACUUUGAAGAGAUUGGCCCUUUGGAUGUUGAUCUAAAACCACGAAGGACAACUUGGCUGCAGGUAGCAAGCGUGCUGUUUGUUGAUAACCCCGUUGGCACGGGGUACAGUUACGUGAACGACACCCUCGCAUACGCCACAGACCUCUGCACUGUCACUUCGGACAUGAUGGUGGUUCUCGGAGAGUUCUUCAAGUCUAAGGCAGAAUUCCAGACAAUUCCUUUCUACAUCUUUUCUGAAUCUUAUGGAGGAAAAAUGGCGGCUGCCAUUGCUUUGGAGCUUCAUAAGGCAAUUCAAGCUAAGACAAUAAAGUGCAAUUUUCUUGGAGUGGCUCUUGGUGAUUCCUGGAUUUCUCCUUUAGAUUCUGUGCUUUCCUGGGGGCCUUACCUUUACAGCACUUCUCUCCUUGACGAUAAAGGUUUGAAGGAAGUGACUACUGCUGCUAAAAAGAUUCUAGAUGCUAUGAAUAAAAGAGAAUUCAAACUGGCCACAUUGCUUUGGAGUCGGGCGGAGGAUAUCAUAGAAGAGUACACGAAUGGUGUAAAUUUCUAUAAUAUUCUGACUCAAGACACACCUUCAAAAACGGCUCUUGCCUCUGGUGAAAGUGAAACAGCACUCUUCUUAAAACUCUUCCAGCGUCACGUACAAUAUCAAAGUAAAGACAAGCUGAGCGACUUAAUGAACGGGCCCAUCAGAAAGAAGCUGAAAAUAAUUCCAGACAAUGUGCAGUGGGGAGGCCAGUCCCAAGAUGUGUUCAUGAAUAUGGCUGAAGACUUCAUGAAGCAUGCAAUAGACAUUGUGGAAGAUCUGCUGGAAGCCAGCGUCAAUGUUACUGUUUACAAUGGGCAGUUGGACCUCAUCGUUUCUACCAUAGGUCAAGAAGCAUGGCUCAGGAAGCUGAAAUGGCCCAAGCUGAAACAGUUCAGUAAACAAAAAUGGCAGGCUUUAUAUGCAGGCCCAGAAUCCAAAGAAACAGCAGCCUUCCAUAAGUCCUAUGAUAACUUAGACUUUUUCUGGAUUCUAAAAGCAGGACAUAUGGUGCCAGCUGACCAAGGUGAUAUGGCACUGAAGAUGGUCAGGAUGGUGACACGCCAAGACCACUAACAGAGUGGUAGCCAGCUGGACUGGCUUCCCUUGAGUGGGCAGCAUGCUGCUGGGUUUUCCACCGCACUUCAACCUCCAGGAGGAACAAUCGCAGCUGUACCUUUCUGCUGUCAGACAGUGCGUGAGGAAUUUUAAGGAGAUGCUGACGCUGCCUUGAUGCUUAUAAAGUUAUGACUUCCUGCCCUUGAUUUUCCCCACCAACCUUCAGUGUGAUAUGGAAGUCACUGAAGGCUUGCUUUUUGCUCUGCAACCCCUUCCAUAACAUGAGAAGAACUCUUGGUCAUCUUAUGUUUGGGCUCCAAAGAUGCUCCUAAGCUUAAGAAGCUCAAGAGACAAAUGCUGGAUUGAUUCUCAUUUCCAAAAUUAAUCUACAUUUUGAGUUGUUACGGGUUUUAGGUAACUUUUAAAGAUACCAAGUCUUUUCUACGCACUUAGACAAAUGAUCUUAUGAAUGCACAGAUAAUGAGCCUGAAUGGGCUUUGCUAUGGAUCAAACUGUGAGGCUCCCAUGCUUCUUUCCGCAACUUUUUGAUUGGCAUAUGUGCUUUAGGCCAAGUCUCAGUGAGAUUGAUGGAGCUUAUUUCCCAGAACGUGUGCUAAGGAUCAUGGUCAUAUCCAAUCCAAUGGGGGGCACAACUAAAAGUGCAGAAGGAGCUUUUCCAGUGGCUUCAGGUAUGUGACUUCAACUGGGAGAACAACAGUGGAUGAAAUUAGAGCCAGUGUGGUAUAAUGGUUAAGAGCACUGAACUGGGACUCAGGAAACCUGGGUUCUAGUCCCUGCUCAGCCAUGGAGCCAACUGGGUGACUUUGGGCCAGCACCAACUUUCAGCCCAAUCUACCUCACAGGGUUGUUGUGGGGAUCAAUCUGAGAGCAGGAAGAGGAGAAUGAUGUAAGCUGCUUUGAGUUCUUUCAAAAAAAUGAAAGGCUGGAUAUAAAUCAAAUAAGCAACAAGCAACAAGUUUGCUCACCAAGCCUAAUCCAUCACUUUUGUUGUAAUUUGGAUAGAGCCCCACUUGAAGACACAGGCCUGUUGCGAUCACACUCGGUCCAAACCAUCCAUGUAUUUGGUUGCCUCUAUGUUUUUCUCAAUGGGAUUUUCUUUGGAUGCACGUGUGAGUUUUUUAACCAAAAGUAACCAAGGAAGUUGCAAUCUUAAACAGAAUGGACCUGCAGGGACUGAACAGGGAAAGAUGUUGCUUUAAUUCUCAUUUCUAGCUAUUUUUCCACUUCAAUUUUACCAGCCCCCGUGCUCUUUUACCUGGGGUGCAGGAAGUUACAGGUGUACAGUGUUCUUCCCUUGCAGAGAAAAAGCAACCUGAGGGUGUGGAAGAACGGUCAGAGAUGAAAGAGCUCAGCCUUGUCAAGAAGAAUAAGGCUGCUUUCUAACAGGACAUCUGCUGUAAGAUACCAGCCAGUUGCUGUUUGAUGUUCUACAGCUACACACUUGCUUACAGGGAUGAUGGUGACCUUCAAAAAAACACAGGAGGCAGCCUUACAGUAGCCUAAUCUAUUUGUCCUGUCUAGCCAGGAAUAAGGAAUCUCAGACUUGCAGGCCACAUCCACUCCUCCUGGGGUCCCAGUUGAGGCUUCUGCAUCCUCCAGACAGCUGUGUCCCCUUUCCCUAGACCUAUGUCCUUUCCUCUAGUUAUUGAUGGUUUGGUGGUUUCCCUCUUUGUGAAGUUUUUACUAGAUUCUAAAAAGUUUAAAUGUCUCUCCUAAGUCUUGAGUUACUCACAGUAAAAGCUUUAAGCUAAAAUAUCUUAGUAUUUUUUAGUACCACCCCUGGAAUGCAAGCCCUGAGAACUUCUCUGACAUGGAAUUUGAAUCUUGAGUUCAAAGAAAUUCUGUACCCUGCUCUAGCCCAACAUUGUUUGCUCUGACUGGCAGCUGUUUUCUCCAGGAUCUCAGGCAGAGAGAAGCUUUCCAUAUUGCCCUGCUGCUUGAUCCUUUUAAAUGGGGCUGCCAAAAGCUGUUUGGUACUGAAGUUGCUAGGUUUUUCUUCGUGCCAAGCAUAUGCAGAGUCACUGCUAUGGAAGCAUGUGCCUCAAAAGUCCAGUCUGGGGAGAACACUGGAGUUGAUUCAGAUAGUGGCAACUAACAUGUUGAGUUUGGUCAUAAAUUAUUUCCUGUGCUUACUGUUUUGUGCAGUCUUUCAGUCUAGUUUCAUAUUCACUGUUUACAAUCCCAUCAUGUAUAAAACAAAGUGCCAGAACAUAUGUGGAUCUCUAACUAAGGAAUGGAGAAACCUCCGGCUCCAUGAAAUGAAACGGAAAGAUGAAGGGAAUUGUCUUGCAAGAAGUCUCAGAAGAUACACGGAUACCUCACUCAGCAGCAUCUUCCCUUGGCUGUUCCAUUUUCUCUAGUCAGGAGACUAAUAUAUUAGUUUUGCAGGUUCAAAUGAUGUUCUCUGGACAAAUAAGCUUUCCAGGGAAAGCACUGUGUCUUUUUAAAAAUAAACUGCUAUGUCUUGUCAAUAAAAUUUAAAUUGCUUCUUUCA